ACCCAACGGAGGCCUCGUGUUGGCUUUCGUCCAUUCCUGCUUGCCCCGUUUCCCCUCCUCCUCCUUCCUUCCUUUUUUUCUCACUUUCCAUUCGACUCCCAAAUCCGACCGAAAUAAAUAGCCAGAAGAAAAGCGAAUCUUCUCCUCCAUCUCCCCGAGCAAAUCCCUCGUUCACUCGGGCGAGAUCAAAUCCAUUCGACGAGAAGUUCUCAUUCAUCGCCUCCGCUUCGCCCUCCCUGUUCGCCGCCAGUACCCAGGUUUCGGGUCGACAGGUUGCAGUGAUCCUUGCUGAAUGCGCAGCUAGCCUUUCCUGGGUUUGAUGUAAUCCGGCUGCCAGAGUGGUAGUUCUUAUGGAUCAACUCGCCAUUAUUGCGACGGAGUUGGGCGACUCCUCAGAUUUCGAGGUUGAGGGCAUCCAGAACCUCACUGAGAAUGACGUCAGUGAUGAGGAGAUCGAGCCUGAGGACCUGGCGCGGCGGAUGUGGAAGGACAGGGUCAGGCUGAGGAGGAUCAAGGAGCGGCAGCAGAAGCUCGCGCUGCAGCAGGCCGAGCUGGAGAAGUCGAGGCCGAAGCCGAUAUCCGACCAGGCCAUGCGCAAGAAGAUGUCGAGGGCACAGGAUGGGAUCCUCAAGUACAUGCUCAAGCUGAUGGAGGUGUGCAAUGCGCGCGGGUUCGUGUACGGGAUCAUCCCGGACAAGGGGAAGCCUGUCAGCGGCGCUUCGGAUAAUAUCAGAGCUUGGUGGAAGGAGAAGGUGAAGUUCGAUAAGAAUGGGCCUGCGGCGAUCGAGAAGUAUGAGUCUGAGAACUUGGUGACUUCUAAUGCCCAGAGCGGUGGGAUUAAGAACCAGCACAGCUUGAUGGAUCUCCAAGAUGCCACUCUGGGUUCUCUGCUUUCGUCUCUGAUGCAGCAUUGUGAUCCACCACAGCGCAAGUACCCUCUGGAGAAGGGCACUCCGCCCCCAUGGUGGCCUUCAGGGAAUGAGGAAUGGUGGAUUGCCUCAGGCCUUCCCAGCGGCCAAAUACCUCCUUAUAAGAAACCACAUGAUCUUAAGAAAGUUUGGAAGGUUGGUGUGCUUACAGGUGUGAUCAAGCACAUGUCCCCUAACUUUGAUAAGAUCAGAAAUCAUGUACGCAAAUCAAAAUGCUUGCAGGAUAAAAUGACCGCAAAAGAGAGUCUAAUUUGGCUGGGAGUUCUGCAGAGAGAAGAAAGGCUUGCUCACAGAACUGACAAUGGUGUAUUGGCGACGCACCACAGUUUGCUAGAAGACAGACAUGGGGAAACAAACAGCAGCAGUAAUGAGUAUGAUGUUGAUGGUUUUGAGGAUGCUCCUCUUUCUACAUCAUCUAAAGACGAUGAACAAGAUCCGUCUCCUGUUGCACAGUCCGCUGAGAACCAUGUCCUGAAAAAAGGGAGGGAAAGGGCCUACAAUAAACGCUCUAGUCAGGUUGUUCCUAGUAAGGCAGGAACAAAAGAACCACCAAAGAGGAAAAGAGCACGUCACAGCUCUACUGUUGAGCCUGAUGUACAAAGAGUUGAUGCACCAGAAAACUCAAGAAAUUUGAUUCCUGAUAUGAAUCGGCUGGAUCAAGUAGAAGUCCAAGGCAUGGCUACCCAGAUUGUCAGCUUCAACCAUGGGGGCACCACAAGUGUAUCUUUACAACACAGAGGAGACACUCAAGUACAGGUCCAUCUUCCUGAUGCUGAGGCUAAUAGCUUCGAUAGCGCCCCAGCUGCAAAUGCUACUCCUACAAUCAUAUACAUGGGAGGCCAGCAUUUACCUUAUCAAAAUAGUGACAGUGCCAGGUCAAUAUCUGAAAAUAAUUUUGUAGCGGAUGAUGAUCCUGGUUUAAAUAAUCUGCCCAGCGGUUAUCAGACCUUACCUCCAAAACAAUCACUACCACUAUCUAUGAUGGAUCAACAUGUGGUUCCCAUGGGUAUCAAGGCACCUACUGAUAACAUUCCUUAUGGUGAUCAUAUGCUAGGUGGAAAUUCUACUUCUGUUCCUGGAGACAUGCAGCAGCUUAUAGAUUUUCCUUUCUAUGGUGAACAAGAUAAGUUUGCUGGCAGUUCCUUUGAGGGGUUACCUUUAGACUAUAUCAGUAUCAGUAGCCCAAUCCCAGAUAUUGAUGACUUGCUGCAUGAUGAUGAUUUAAUGGAAUACUUGGGGACAUAACCUUAGGUUAGGAUGAGGUCGAUACUCAAUAACAUUUGUUCUCAUCCAUUUUGUCUCACCAGAAUCACCAUCCUAACUUGAGUAUGGAAGGCUAAACUUCUCAUUUUGUUGCUGGUCUUGUUAUUUGAGACCAACCAUCUGUAGCGUGCUGAGUGAUGACUUGCAUUUUUUUGGCAAUAAUGUAUCACAUAGUGACAGAAUCGUACAUCUGGAAGGCGAACAUGGCCUAAAUUUGAUAUGAUAUCUUUCUGGGGAUAAUGUCUGGUGAAGAAAGGAAAGUUUUUGUAUUUUAGAAUUGUAAGAUAUGAGAUAUGAGCGUUUUGCUCUUCUGCAUCCUCUCUUUCUCUAUGGCCUGUUGCCAUCUACAUAAACUUCGGGAAUCCAACAUUGUAUAUAUGCAAUAAAGGAAUGAAAAAUUUUCAGUUGAGGCACCCCUCUAUAUA